AAAUCCCUCUUCUUGCGCCCCUCUGCACACACAUUAUUCGCUCUCUCCCCCCGCCAACACAUGGCAUAUUAUCUCAUGUACUGGACCGGACGCGGAAGCAAGCCGAGUACUUGUAUGAUUUCAGGGUGUUGAAAGCAGCAAGCAACCUUGGUAUUAAGUACCUCACUUUACGGUGGAUACAAAAAAAAAACACCCCAGGACAAUGCCGAUCGCUGAAGAUCCGUCAUCCGAAAAGCGGCAAUGGCGAGGGAGGGGCAACAGGAACACCAAGCCGUGGUGGUGCAAUUUCUGGCCCCCGGCUUGCGCGACACCCACUGGCCCAGCGAAUCCAGGCGACGGCGGGAACACCCCAAGUUCGACAACCAAAGCGCCGAUCAGCGCCCCGACUACCACCUCGCCAAGGGUCACUGUGCCGCAGGACACGCCCCCAGUCGCAACGCGGGCCCCUGCUGUGCCGCCGGCUGCCACACAAUCUCCAAAACCACCGAGUCGUUCUCAACCUGUUCCCUCUCCGACUUCCCAGCCUUGGGUUCCGCCACCAAUGCCUCCGCCGACCGAUACCGAGCAGACGAGCGGCCAAACGGCGCCCGUGGCUCCCGUCAUCGUGCAGCCCGGCGGUAGGAACGGAAAUAAACCCGGAAACGACGACGACAACGGGAACGGGCCGCCAUCCCAGGGCGAUGAUUCGGAGACCGGCACGGGAGACGGGAACGAGGACGGGGGAUCCAACGGUACCGGCGGCUCGGGAAAUGGUGAUCCCGGAUCGAGUACCAGAAACCCGCCAACACCGUCUGAGGUGGCAUCGACCACAGCUCCCUUGCCGACCAGUGCAGCGGGCACUGGGGGGAUUGCAGGUGGGAGCCAUGGUGGGACAACAGAGACUGACAGCGGCGACACAUCUGGUGGUGGUCUGCCAGCGGGGGCAAUCGCCGGUGUAAUUGUGGGUUUACUUCUUCUGCUCGCGCUUCUAGCCCUUCUUCUUUACAAAUUCAGGAGGUCGCCUGCAGUACAACGCAUGCUGGCACCGUUCCGCAAGCUCGGCGGGGCAUCGGGCGGUUCAGAUCGGGUUGACACGCCCGGCGGAGAUAGUAUGGGAAGGACCCUGAUAAGCCCAGGGCCUACGGCGGCGGCAACGGGCGGAGGAGCAGCGGCCGCGUCGGUUGCCCGCAACCGCGGCCGGAACGGCUCACGAUCCCAACCCCCUAUGCGUCAGACGGGCCACCUACAUCCCCUCUCCGGUCCAGCGGCCGCGGUCGGAGGAGACAGCAACCGCGUGUCAACCUUCACAUACGACUCCGUCGCCACCACCGGCUUCACCCCGUCACCCAUCUCCCCGGUGUCACCGGCAAGCAUGCUCUCCCCGGGGACGGUCCGCACCUCCCGCCCCGUCCAGGCUCCGCCAGACCCUCGAGUCAUCGCCUCCACCAACGCUCAUGUCACCCGAGGUAGCAUGAGCAGCACCAGCACAGGGAGCGGGAUAAGUGCGGCGCUAUCCCCAGGACAAAUAGCGUGGCCCAUGCCGCCCGGGACACCACCGGCCAUCCAACGCCCCGACGGGCCGCAAUACCUCGACUUCCAAGAGUCGGGAGAGACGGUCGUGAGAAUUAACCAACCGCCGCGCAACAAUCGCAGGUCUGGCGGCUACUAGAGGCCGUCCUAUAACACGCAACUGCAGAAUCGUCAGCGAGAUUCCGAAACUCCACCCACAUCGGCUUCCAUUCCCGACUAGGUACCAACCACACCACAACCACUUAUGAUACCCAUAAUUGUACAACUUCAUUGCUCCGGGGGCGAGAAACAGUCCGCCCACCCGACACCGCACGCACUCGUGUAUA